AUGGCACAGUACGACGUGGUUGUCGUUGGCGGAUCAGCAUCGGGCUUGCAAGCCUGUUUGACCUUUGGCAGGGCUUACCUUAGCGUCCUGUGUGUGGAUUCUGGCAACCCUUGCAACCGGUUUGCCAGAGAGUCUCAUAACCUUCUUACGCACGACGGGUCGUCACCAGGCCAGAUUAUAGCCAAGGCCAAAAGCCAGCUGAAGAAGUAUCCCACCAUCCAGUUGGUGGAGGGCAUGGUGAGGAACGUGUGCAAGGAUAUUUCUGGGGAGCCAGAUAAAUACUCAUUUAAGGUCGACAUAGACUCUCUUGAAGAUGACACUACCGCCUCGUUUGUGGCUCGGCGCGUUUUGUUUGCUUCUGGAGUGGACGACAACAUUGGUAAGAUCCCAAUUGCGAACGUUGACAAAUUCUGGGGAAACUACAUUUUCCACUGUCCUUUCUGCCAUGGAACAGAGUUUAGGAAUGGCAAGACGGGCGUUUACUAUUCAAAUGCAGCAUUUCUCAAAACCAUGCUCCCCACGCUGUACAACUGGAGUCGCGAGCUCGUUGUGAUCUGUCCAGACGAUGUUUACGGCUCUUUGGGGGCAGCUUUUGUAUCGGCCAUGCAACAGAAAAAUAUUGCUUUAUACCAGGGAAACAUCGUCAAUGUAGAGCCGCGAAGCAGCGAGGACAGACGACUGUACAGGGCCAAUCUUGACAACGGCAGCGCGAUCGAGCUCGAUGUGCUCUACCUAGCCCCACCUUCGACCAUCAACAAUAAGGAGAUCCUUGUCAAGCUGGGCGUCGAAUUGGACGAGCUGGGACUUGUCAAAGUGAGUCCUCAGCAGAAGACGAACGUGGAGGGCGUUUUUGCGUCCGGCGACAACACUACGCGGAUGAGAGCACUGGCUUUUGUCAUUGGCCAGGGCAUGGUUGCAGCGGCUUCCAUUUGUCAUGAGAUUCUGCGCGAGCGCUGGACCGGGUGA